AUGGAGGAAGGUCGACGACGUGUUGGCAGCUGGAGCACCACCUUCGUCAUCCCCAUCGUCUCCGCCUCCUUGCCCGUCUCCUCAUUCCCUCGCUCUUCGCCUGACCCGACAGCAAAGAACACCUGUCAAAGUUUCCCCAAGAAGUACGACAAGCACGCCAGCUACCGCUUCUCCCUCGCCUUCAGGGCUUGCGUCUGCAUCUCCUCCCAGCUCUACGACCGACGAGCCUUGGACACCAACUCGUCCUUGCCGCUCUCCAACUCCCUCACCCACCUUAUGGCGUUCUCGAACGCCUCGUCUGUAUCCUCUGCGACUUCUGCCUCUCUCCUCCACCUCCGGAGAACCCGUCCACCUUUUAUGGUCUUGCUCCACUCUCACCCCCCAAAGCCGGCCCCGAUCCUCCUCCCCAAGACUUACUACAAGCACGCCGGUUGCGAUUUCUCCCUCGCCUUCCAGUGCAUCGCUAACAUUGGCUUCCGCAGUUCGGAACCUAUACGCUCCCGCGUCGUCGAGGCCGGCACCCUCGAGGUCGUCGGCCGCAUUCUUGAGGCGUGGCUCGCCAGCAAAGGAUUCGCUCAGGCGCUCGAGCGCCAGGUGUCGGAGCAGCCCGAGGCGAGGGUGGUCGAACCCUCAGGGAGGGAUAGCGACGUAUCGCAUGAGGAGCCGAUGCAGACGAAGGCUGCCCAGCCGCCCGCGGGCUCGUCGCGCGUGCAGGCGGCGCAAGAGAAAGACAACUCGACGGAGACGUCCACGAACGCGACCCCGAACCGCUCGACCAUCCCCACGGGCUCUGUCGUGGUCCCGGGUCGGGACCGCAGCGGGACCAUUCUCGCACAGCCCGUAGCUGUGGAGGAGGGAGGGGCGGCAGGCCACAGUUCCCAAGGCGGGAAGAGUCGGAUGGCUCGGGGCGUGGGCAAGAGUCGGCGUGACAGCGAGGGCGAAGAUGAAGAUGGCGACGAAAACAGCGACGAAGACAGCGACGAAGACGGCGACGAAGACAGCGACAAAGACAGCGACGAAGACAGCGACGAAGACGACGGCGGCGGCCAGGAAGACGGGGGCGACGGCGACGGCGAAGACGGGGGCAACAGCGACAGCGACGGCGACGGCGACGGCGACACAGGCAGCUGGGCCAGCAACACCGGCCGCGCGAUUAGUCCAGCGCCCCCAUUGGCUGAAGGGCCGGCACAUACAGACCUGUGCAGCCGCAGCAGCCUCAGCAGCCUGACGGGCAGCUCCCGCUCGGCGCAGUUGGGGCUUAACCGGCAUGCUUCAGGCGACUCGAGCGAGAUCGACCCCCCCGCGUCGCCGCCGCCAACUUCCCCCGAGUCGACGCCGCAACCCCCCGCCCCCACGUCGCACCCAGUCGCCGCAGUUCCGCAUAUCACAUUCACGCGUUCUGGCCGCCCUACCCGACACCCUAGCCGGCUGAAUCGAGUCUGA